GCAGCGAAAAGUCAACUAGUGGGCAUAUCUGGGAAUAAUGAAAUACAAGCGACUGAUUACACACGAGUGGCGGCUUAUAUUCAUAUUGAUUUUAAUAUAAAUUUUAGAGAGACUCAUUCAGUCCUCCCAAACAGCCAAAGCCGGAGCACACGCGAACCGCUAAAGGCCAAAGAGCCCACAGAACACAGCCCGUAAAUUAGAGCCGCAAACAGAGAUUAGAUCAUGGCUGAGGAUCCGGUGAACCAGCAGGCAUUCGCUGAGGACGUGGCAGCUGCCGCUGCGGCUGGAGGAGCCGGCGGUUUUGCCGGUCCCGAGCCCGGACACCCCGACUUUAAGAUGCCCAGUGCCGAGGAGAUCUGGAAGCUGGUCGAGGGCAUGGAGGGAAUUUCGGACGACGAGCGAGCCGAGCUCCGCGAGAGCAUCUUUAACCCGAAGCCGCCGUCGCCGGAGGAUUUCAUGCGCCAGUACGGCCAUCCGGGCCACAGUUCCCGGGAGUACCUGGUGUUCUUCGUGAUGCUGGCCCUCAUACUCAUUGUCUUUGCCCUCUUUGGCUACAAGUUGUACAAAUCCCUGACGGAGAAGGAGCUCAAGAAGCAGGAGAAACUCAAGAGCAAGCAACAGAAGAAGGCCAAGAAGUCCAACUGAAGGAGAUGGAGGCGAGGAUAUCAUUGACGUAGUGUACUUUCCGGCCCCGAGACCUUCCAUCUUGUUAAUCAAUACAAUCGCCCUGUAAAUGACUAAAUCAUAAACCAGUAAACGUAAUAAAAUAAACCGUACCCCAUAA